UAUCAGAGAUUUAUACCCCACUUCGUACAGUAUCUAAUUAAUCUGUGGAAUAAAAGUGAAAUUUCUCGCAUAGUUUACUUUUGACAUUGAACUUCACAUUUAGAUAUUUAUCGAUAUUGUUGGUUCGAUGAGAAGAAAAUAAAAAAAACAAAUUGAAUCUGCACGGUGUAUGGAGGACAAUGGAGUGUGAAGAAAGGACAAUCUAUACGACGCAUAGAGAAUGACACUGAUGGGUUAAUAUAGUAGUAAAAGAAAAGAUGAUAUUGGCCCCUUGCUGCCAACUUAGUCUCGAUCGUGAUCUUCGUAUUUAUAACGAAGCUAUCUGGCAAAAAAUGCAGCAACAUGCUUCAUCUAUUAAUUAUUUAAACAAAAAAAAAAGACUUGUUUACGAUAAAUGGAGCAUAGUUGUCGCUAAUAAUAAACAUAAACAUCUUGACUUACAAAAAGAAAAUUUUUAAAAAGUUUCCAAAAUAACUCACUUACUUAAAUUAGAUUGCCUACAUUUUAAACGAGAAUUUAUAAAAGUUACAAAAAGUACGUGUUUGAAAUUGAAAGAUUGCAUUGUCAUCCUUUCCUCCACAUAAUAUUAAAAAAAUAAUAAAAACAGAAAAUUUAAAAAUAAUAUAAUAAUAAAUAUCUACAAUCUUAUAUUGCGAUAAAAUUAAACACAAAGUAGUCUACUACUAGUCUACUACUACUAAGUAGUAACGUAUCAUAACAAUUGAAUUUUAACCAAUUAACCUUUUUUGACCGAUUUUCAUAUGAAAUUAAUCCGAGAAGAGGCAUCUUCGUGGGACAAGUUGCAAUCAAAAUUGAUAGGCUCGCGGUAAUCAUGGAGGACGUAAUUGGGCAUACUGAUGGCGAUCCUUUUGCAACCAAUGAAUCAAUCGAGGCGCGCGCCUAUAACUUGACGGUUUCUGGUUAAGAGCGCAGCAUUGAUAAACGGAGUAUAAUCAAGGGUUUGCCUUUACCAUUGUGCGGCUCGCUUAAUUGCUUGUAAACUUGUAGGUUGUGCUCGAGAAUGCUACACGGAAUAAUCCGUAACACAAUUGCCAAGCUUCUGUUUCCUGUCGAGUGAACUGCUUCCAGGAGAACGAAGAAAUUGAAGGAACUCGGCAACGCUUUAAUCUUUACCCAAGUGAUUUAAACUCGAAUGAAUCCUGAGUUAUUAAUUACUUAGAAACUUUAACGACGGAAUACUUUCGCCGCGGAAGGAUAAAAUUUCGUAGGAGAAAACUGAAAAAUCAAUUAGUCGCGCAACGUCUGAAAAAUUUCUUACUCGUGAAAUCUUUUCGUAUUGCGCACGGAUGGAAUUUCGUUUACUUGCAAACUGUUUAUAACAAUCUAAUUAGUCCAUUGAUUCUCCCAAUUGAUUAUGAUUUCUCAUUCGAAUAAUAGGAGAAUUUGCGUUCAAGUAAUAAAUAGUUUCAAUCAACGAGAAUUCAAUCGAACGGACAUUAACUGAAAUUUCAUUCCCUCGAAAUUCGAUCAAAUGAAAUUCAAUCGUAUCUAUUCCAACACUUUAUGACGAUUAUACGGAAAAUAUGACAAAUCGAAUAAACGCAAUACAAAUCCGUCCGAUAGAAAUUUACAAAUUAAAAGAUAACAAGGGAUAGAUCUCGCGUGAUAAAACAAUUAAAGGAAAAAAAAUAAAUGGAAUAUUUGAUCGCUGUUCGUAGAACAAAUUUUUAUUUGCCCAAGUUUCGGUCGUUCAUUCGAAUAAUAUUCCAACGUUUAUUAAAAGUUGAAAAACCCGAUUGAUAGAGAUGGAUUUUCCAUUUUGGAUUGUAAAAGCUUGGCGUAACGUGUAGUAUUUGUUAAUUGUUCGGAACAGGAUUUAACGUUGACAUAAAUUUUAAUGAAGUUCUCGCGCUUAUAACGUGGUAUCAGGAUCAAUUUCGAAAUAAAUUUUAAUGAAUUUUACGAGUGCACGUGUGGAUACGGUUAAUUUUAGCGUACACGUUUAUAAUACGAGUGUUCUGUGAUAAAUCCGUCGUUCCAUUGAUCAUUACAAUUAUUAUUGAAAUCGUUUUAUUUCCAAAUGAAACGUAUUGCGAAUCCAUUGAAAAGUACCGAAACGAGUCUCGAAAAAUAAAUUUUACCGAUGAACAGAAAUAAAUAGAAUGUGGAAUCAUUUUAUCACGCACGAUGAAUAUUAAUUAAAUAUAACUUAUCGUGUAAUAACUAUUAAUUAUCCAGAAAUCAAUGAACGAAAAGUUUAACGAUUUAGCAUGUCUUUUAUUAUCCAAAAUUUUAUUUAAUCUUUCGAAAAUAAAACGUAAAUACGACAAUAUAAUUGACAAACUUGUAUGGCUCGAAUAAAGAUGGAAAAAUGUUACGGGUUGAUUUGAGUUUAUUUGAGUUGAUCUGAGAGAUAUUCUUUUAAUAGAAUAAAUUGAAACGUUUUAAUAACGUUUUAUUUAAUAUAAUUUGAUAUAACGCAAUUUUAACGAUCGAAUAUGGUGAUCGUAUCAAAAAUAUUCGUCAAAAUCAUCCAACUUCGUUAAAAUUGCAUAAUUAUCUACGACACAUAAAAAUAUUUUUAUCGAUAUCUGGAAAACUGAAGGUAAACAGCGAUUACGCGCAUAGGAAAAAAUAGUUUAAAAUAUUGUUCGUGACAAAUUUCAAGCUCGGAAUGAGAAGAAGAUCGAAAUCGCCAAAACGUUUCCUUCUGGUAUUUUUAAUAAGCAAAAAAAAAAGAAAAAAGAAAGAAAGGAAGAAAAAAAAGAAAAAGAAGAAAAAAAUUACCUCGAAAAGAAAGGUUGAAAAAUUAUGAAGCGAAAGAAAAGAGAGCAAUAUCGCGAGAACGAGUCGAGGUAUUAUUUUGAAAAAAGAUUUUAGCCGUGAGUGUACGGAAGCGGAUAAAAUCUUCGAUCAAACGAUAUAAAGCGAUUAUGUUUUGUUACGCAAAACGAACGGCGAACCACGAUUGACUUUACGAUUGACUCCAAAGUCGAUAUUGCCACGUUAAAAUCGGAACUCGAUUCGACUACGAUCCCAUUUCGUGGAGUCGACUUGUUUUCCAAUCGUCGACGUUGCGAAAUUGUUCGAAAGGGAAAUUACAUCCUUGGUUUAACACGAUGACCACCGCAUCGAUUAACGACAACGUGGCCGAGAUCCGAAAAUUAAACCAAUACGUCGGAGCCUUCGUAGCAUCCCUCGGCGGUUUUGCGCUCGGCAUCUCGCUAGGUUGGAAUUCCAAGGCCAGCAUAGUGCUGAGGAAUUACGUCGAUGCCUCUGCGACUGAAAUCGGGCUGAUCGGGGGCAUUUUAAACGGUGGCAUUUGCAUAGGGGCGAUCCUGAUACCGUUCAUUGUAGGACGAAUAUCCAGAACGAACAUCUUGUUCUGGACUAUGCCUGUUCUCAUCCUUACGUGGACCUUGAUGAUCAGCAAUCGUCGUCAGAAGGUAUUGUUAUUCCUGAUUGGAAGAUUGAUCUGCGGCAUCUGUGGCGGUGUAUCUUGCGUUUUGACGCCAAUUUACGUGGCUGAGAUAGCGAGCAAAGAAAUCCGUGGACGUUUGCUCGCCUUUUUCCAACUCCUAGUCAACUGUGGCGUGAUGUACGCUUUCUACGUGGCUCAUGCAAUCGACGAACAAAGAUCUGUAUGGAGGUACAGCGCAAUUUGUGGCCUCGCGUGCCUCUCGAUCGCCCCGACAAAAUUAUUACCCGAGAGUCCGCUCUACUAUUUGUCGAGGAACGACGAGAUCGGUGCAGAAAAAUCCUUGAGAUGGUAUCGCGGCGACACUUACGAUGUCCAGCACGAAAUCAACGAAACGAAACGUCUCGUUCUCACCCAUUCGAAAAAGUUCAACCUACGACUGUUAAAAAAUCGCCGAAUACUGCGGUCAAUGGCGACGUGUUUCGGAAUAAUCUUGGGCCAACAUUUGUGCGGCGUCAACAUGAUGAUUUUCUACGCCCUGAUGCUCUUCGAAACCACUGGUUCCGGUGAACUGACCGGAAGCGAACAGACGCUGGUCGUCGGCGCCGUUCAAAUAUUAGUAUGUCUCUUGGCCGCGUUCCUGGUCGACGUACUUGGACGUCGAAUUCUCCUCACCGUCUCUUCCCUUUUCAUGGGAUUGUUCCUCAUAUUGCUAGGUUGGUUCUUCAGUUUACGCGACAGCGACCCCGAAUACGACGACAUCUACUUCUGGAUGUCACCCACUUGGAUCACUCUGAUCUUCGCCGCGUUCAACCUGGGACUUGGGCCAAUUUCCUGGUCUUUGUUGGGGGACACGCUUCCGGAAGAGCUGAAGACCUCGGUCGUCUCGAUGGCGGUCGCAUUCGGAUGGCUGAUCUCGAUGAUGGGCACCCUGACUUUCGACGAGAUGAUCAUCUCCCUGGGCAGCACGAAAGUUAUGUGGCUCUCCGCGGCCAUAUGCUGGCUGAUUGCUUUGUUCUGCGCCAUCGUGGUCAAAGACAACACCGGGAAAAGUUUGAUCGAGAUACAAGAAGAAUUUCGCAUCGAGUCUAACGGAGGGACGCCCAUCUUCUUGAAGUAUAUCGAGUAAUAUCUCUCUUUAAACAAACGUUACUCUGGGAUGUAUCAGCCAAGCAGUAAUAAUCGGCAGACACAAAGUGAAUUUGGAAUUUUUUAUUUCAUGAUAAUUAUAUAGACACGAAUAAUUUCAAUGAUCAUGAAGUACAUUGUCAGUAAAACAGUAUUCUCCUGAACAACUUUUCUCUAUAAUUUUUCUCAUACAUAGAAUAUCUCUUUUUUAGAAUCCAACACAGUCCAAAUUUAAUUCAAAUUUUAUUAAGAUUCUUAAUAAAAAAUAAAAUGUAUCUGCUAUUAGAUAUAUUAUUAACAUUAUUAUUAAUAUAUUCGUAGGACAUUUUUAAAGGAUCGAUUGCAGAGAUAAAAAUAAAUACGAAAAUGUCAGUCAAGACUUAUUUAUUUGAUUUUAGUAAACAAUUCAUAUUUUCAUUAGAUGAAACGAGAAUGAGAUAGAACGAGAUAGCUCCAUCUUUCUUAUAUAGCCAACUCACUCCAACUCCAUCAAUUGCUUAUAUUUUAAAUAAGUAAGUCUCAAACAACGUUUCUGUAUUAUACAUCAACUUCGAUAUUUACUUUGGCUUUUAGAAUCCUUCGAGCGUUCCACAAAUAAUUAAUCCUUUGCAUGCAUGGGGAAGACAUUAUCCAAUGUAUUUCAUGGUCAUUGCAAUCUGAUGAGAUGCUAUAUAAUUAUCUUAUUCGUAUUUAAGAUUGGAACAUGGCAUAAUUAUAUGAUGCUGAAACGAGAAAAAGGGAAGAAACUUAUCGGUGAGGCCAUCUUAGCGUUAUUUAGAGCCUUUCCACGUUGUCCAAUUUUCGUCAUCCGAUCGAAAAUGGAUAUUGAUCGAUGAUACUCGUUUUCCACGCCACUUUAUCAUUUUAAUUUCCUUUUUUUUCUUUUUAUCGUGUAUUUUUAAUGCCACCCGAUUACACGUAAUCGACACAGCGAUGCGGAAAACAAGCGUUAUACCGAUCGAUGGUCGGUUGACAUUCAUUUCCAACGGCCAAAAUUGGAUAAUAUAAAAAAGAUUCAGCCGAUAUGCCAAAAGAUGCACAUAUUUGUAAAAAUAUAUUAAGUUGGACAAAGUAUUAAGAAGCAAUAAUAAUUAUUUAAUUUAUAAACGCGAUGAGAGGAGCGAAGAAUCAACGAGGGAUUAAAAGGAGGGAAGCGAAUCGUCUUUUUGUCGAAAUAUACAACAGCGAUAAUAAGAGAGAAAUAGAAAGACAUUUACGAAUUAUUUAUAUCGAAACUAUGAUAUUAAGUUUCGAGGGUGUUGGUAACGCGAUGAGAUACUAUGGUCGUUGCGUCAAAUUACGAAAGUUCCCUUGUAAAAUUAAUGCCACGAACACGAGCAUUGUCCCCUACCUGAGAAUUAGAAUGCUCGGCAAAUUAUGAGGGAUGGCCUCGGUCUCGGGUGGCCAUCUUUAAACUUCCACGAUCCGUGUAAUUAAGAAUAUUCGUUGAAUUUGCCAUGAAACUUGCGCGAGAACGUCUCAUCAAGGAACAUCUGUUCCUUACGAAUAACUUUCUUCCUUCGACAUCAAAGUUUCCGUUUCAUGUAUUUCAACAUUCUGUUGCGCCAUUCACAACGUCGUAAUGGCGGACAAAAGUUGCCAUCCAGAAUGGUAUCGGUAAUUAAAUAUCCCUUUACAAGCUUGAAAAUAAUUAACUUUGAGAAAUUUUUGUUGGGAUUGAACUUGCCGUGUGCUAUGCGUUGCUGUAUGUUAUUCGUUAAUUUUGAAACGAGACGAUAAAAUCGAUGAACCAUUAUUUUCUAGCAAAUUAACCCUUUUGCAUUGUGCAGCAUGGCCAACCAUGUGUUAGCGUUAUAAUGUUGAAAAAAAAAAAAAAAAGAAUAAAGGAAGGAAAUAUCAAUUUGUUAGUUAUUGAACUUUGUGAGCAGUCACUGUCAAUAAUGGCUCUCUUUUGAAAUCUUUCGCUUCAUUUUGCACGAUGCAUAAUUCCUUUUAUUUUCCUUUAUGGAAAAGAAACAAGAAAGCAGCUUAAUCCGUGUAUCUUGAGAAAUCAAUUUUUCUAUAAUAAUUUUUCUCAAUGAUUAGAUUUUAAUAAUCUAAUCUGUUACUUUUUAAUACAUCGAACAAAUAAUCGGUUUUUAUACACAAAUUUUAAUUCGAUAUUGAAUUUUUUUUCCAUUUUGAAAUUGGAAGAUGGAGAAAGAGAAGAUUUUUCCAUAAUAUCGAUCAUAAAACUAUUCUUGAUCGAUCCGAACGAUAUAAAAAUUCAACGAUUAAGAACGAUAAUUACCGAUUGAUAAGAAUUUAUCAAUUUUCGUCAGGCAGAGGAUAUUUGAAAAUAACAUAAGCUUCCAUCGAAAACCGGUGUAUUCGGUAGUCACGAUAUAUGGACGUUGAAAAUCGCUUUUAGAAACUUUCCAUUCAAACGACUCGACGUUUCCUCGUUCGAUUGCCUUCGUAUUUCUCUUGGAUUUUUCCAAUUAUUUCACACGUUUUAUGGAUUGUACAGAUCACGUCCGUUCACGUUCAAUUGGAAUCAAUCGGACAAUCGUAUAAAAAUAAAGAAAUAAGAAACUUAAAU